CGCUGUCUUAGGCAUCUCACAGUACGGCAUUGCAAGUUAUUGCCCUGGCCACAUCUGCAGUCCUCAUGCCUCCAGCACCAUCCUCCAGCACCAUCCUCCAGCACCAUCCUCCAGCACCAUCCUCCAGCGCCAUCCUCCAGCACCAUCCUCCAGCACCAUCCUCCAGAACCACCCUCCAGAACCAUCCUCCUGCACCAUCCUCCAGAACCACCCUCCAGAACCAUCCUCCAGCACCAUCCUCCAGAACCACCCUCCAGAACCAUCCUCCAAGCACCAUCCUCCAGCACCAUCCUCCAGCACCAUCCUCCAGCAUCAUCCUACAGCACCAUCCUCCAGCACCAUCCUCCAGCACCAUCCUCCAGCACCAUCCUCCAGAACCAUCCUCCAGCACCAUCCUCCAGCACCAUCCUCCAGCACCAUCCUCAGACAAUUUGUAGCGCCCUACGGAUACAGUGUAGUGCCCUACAGACACAGUGUAGUGCCCUACAGACACAGUGUAGUGCCCUACGGAUACAGUGUAGUGCCCUACGGAUACAGUGUAGUGCCCUACAAACACAGUGUUGUGCCCUACAGACACAGUGUAGUGCCCUACAGACACAGUGUUGUGCCCUACAGAUACAGUGUAGUGCCCUACAGACACAGUGUAGUGCCCUACGGAUACAGUGUAGUGCCCUACGGAUACAGUGUAGUGCCCUACGGAUACAGUGUAGUGCCCUACAGACACAGUGUAGUGCCCUACGGAUACAGUGUAGUGCCCUACGGAUACAGUGUAGUGCCCUACAGACACAGUGUAGUGCCCUACAGACACAGUGUAGUGCCCUACGGAUACAGUGUAGUGCCCUACGGAUACAGUGUAGUGCCCUACGGAUACAGUGUAGUGCCCUACAGACACAGUGUAGUGCCCUACAGACACAGUGUAGUGCCCUACAGACACAGUGUAGUGCCCUACAGACACAGUGUAGUGCCCUACAGACACAGUGUAGUGCCCUACAGACACAGUGUAGUGCCCUACAGACACAGUGUAGUGCCCUACAGACACAGUGUAGUGCCCUACAGACACAGUGUAGUGCCCUACGGAUACAGUGUAGUGCCCUACAGACACAGUGUAGUGCCCUACAGACACAGUGUAGUGCCCUACAGACACAGUGUAGUGCCCUACAGACACAGUGUAGUGCCCUACGGAUACAGUGUAGUGCCCUACAGACACAGUGUAGUGCCCUACAGACACAGUGUAGUGCCCUACGGAUACAGUGUAGUGCCCUACAGACACAGUGUAGUGCCCUACAGACACAGUGUAGUGCCCUACAGACACAGUGUAGUGCCCUACGGAUACAGUGUAGUGCCCUACGGAUACAGUGUAGUGCCCUACAGACACAGUGUAGUGCCCUACGGAUACAGUGUAGUGCCCUACGGUUGUAGUGUAGUGCCCUACAGACACAGUGUAGUGCCCUACGGAUACAGUGUAGUGCCCUACAGACACAGUGUAGUGCCCUACGGAUACAGUGUAGUGCCCUACGGAUACAGUGUAGUGCCCUACAGACACAGUGUAGUGCCCUACGGAUACAGU